GUCCCUAACCCUUGAAGAAAGUCAGCAUAGAAAGAGAAAGAACAUGUCUGUCGACUACAUAUGGCACGAUCAUCCCCUUCAGCUCCGAUCUAUCACUCGAAGCACCGCCGGUAACUGUUUUGUGUGCUCUGAAUCUGUAAAUGGAUACAAUUACCGCUGUCCAGAUUGUGAUUUCUUUCUCCACAUCUCCUGCCUCUUCUUCCCCCUUGAAUCUCUCCACCCACUUCAUCCAACCCAUCCUCUUUCUCUCCAAAUCAUUAGAUCUAACCAAACCUCCAUCUGCAAUCACUGUAAUCUUUCUUGCUCUCGACUCGCUUACCGUUGCUCCCCUUGUAAUUUCACUCUCCACCUUCCCUGCGCCUCACGCCCCCGUGAGUUUAACCUCCAGAUUCACAAGCACCCUCUUUCCUGCUUCGCCUCCCCACCCAAUCAAUCGUCUUCUUUCCUCUGUUACAUUUGUGGGGAAUCCGGUUAUGGGUUUAAUCUAGCUUGUUUGGGUUGUCAUUUUAUUAUACACGUUGAGUGUGCUUCUUAUCCUGUUACUGUAACCACUGAUCGCCAUCGUCACCCGUUUACUCUCACCUCUGUCUCCUCCGUGGACGAUGGAUCAGGGGAGUUUUAUUGCGAUAUUGUCUGUGAAACAUCUGUAAAUCCUAAAGGUUGUGUAUAUUUCUGCGAUGAAUCUGAAUGUCAGUAUAUGGCUCAUUUGGGUUGCCUCACCUAUGCUCCGAAGCCUCACAUCAGAUUAUGCUACAAAUCCAAUGAUUUCCCAUCGGCGGAAGCGAAAAAAGAAAAGAGAUUGAAACCUGUUAAAGGUAUAAUUAAAGAUGGGUUUGUGGAUUCCGAUGAUGACAUGAGAAACCGCGUGAGUUGGAUUGAUAUACCAAUUGAAGAUGGAGAUGCGGAAAUGGUAUCUGGGAAAGGAGAAAUUGAAAUUAAUCAUUUCAGUCAUCAACAUCCUCUAAUCCUUAGUUAUAAUAAGCAUGAUAGAUUAAAAGCAAGAUGUUUCGGAUGUCUUGACAGAAUAAAGGCUGACAUAGCCUACACUUGCAGCGAUAAUAAAUGCAACUUCUGGGGUCUUCACAAAUGGUGCGGUGAUCUUCCUACAGAAAUCCGGCACCCACUUCACUCCAACCAUCCUCUAUCCCUCCUCAAAAGAGCACCGGAUAAUCGACACCCAUGUAUCGCCUGCAAUAACCUUCUAUUCUCCUACUCCUUCGUGUACAAUUGCAAAUUGUGCUACAUCAACAUCCACGCUAUCUGCGCAUCAAUUUCGACUAACCUGAAGAGCGAGGUUCACGAUCACCCUCUUCAGCUCCGGCAAAGAAGCUCAAGUAAUCGGGUAUGGUGUUACGUAUGUGGGUUCGAACCAGAUGGUGCUCAUUUCAUCUGUGAAUUGUGCGGAUUCGCGGUGGAUUUCUCGUGCGCGCUUUUGCCGAAGAAGGUGAGUAAUGAUUGUCAUGUGCAUCCUCUGACGCUAACGAAUGUUGUUGCGCCAGAGGAUGAGACCGAAUUCAUCUGCGACGCGUGUGAGGGAGUGAGGAAUGGGUUUUCUUGGGUUUACUAUUGUGAAGACUGUGAAUACAGCGCUCAUACGAGUUGCGCCUUGUAUGAGGUGCCCGGAACCAAACAGAGCCCUAUUGAUUUCGAACGCCAUGAACAUAUUCUCAGUCUGAUUACCAAUUCUUCCUCUUCAUCUUCUUCAAGCUGAAUGGGGAUUUUAACGAGGAAACAAAGAAAACAAUUUAUAUAUAUAUGCGUUGAAUUGCAACCUUAAGUUCUUCUCUUUCUAUAUUGAUGAGUCGAUCUUGCAUAAAUCUUAUAGAUUAUACUGUCUGUAUGUCGAUGAAUAUGUUUUGUAU